AUGAUUAUUGUUUGGAAUGCAAGAGGGGCAGCCGGAAGAGAAUUCGGAAAUGUCGUCAAAGAAUUAAAACGGAGAUAUAAGCCGGAUAUGGUUGUGUUGAUUGAGACAAGAUGUAGUGGAGAAAAUGCACAAAAGGCAAUAAAAAGAAUGAACUUUAAAUUUCAGGAAGUAGUGGAAGCAAACGGUAUGUCUGGAGGAAUUUGGGUGCUCUGGGAUAGUGAUGACAUAAAGUUCAGAGUGAUUAUGUCACACAAACAGUUUCUACAUGGUGAAGUGCAAGGAAUUGGAACCCACCAGUGGAUCUUUACAGCGGUUUAUGCAAGUCCUAGGGAAAGAGAAAGGAGGGAUAUGUGGUUGGAAUUGCAUAGAAUCUCCUUGACAAUGAAUAUGCCGUGGCUUGUGGCAGGAGAUUUUAAUGACAUCACAGGGGAGGAAGAACAAAGAGGGGAAGGAAAAAUAAAUGAAAAUAAGUGCAGAAGAUUCAGCAUAAACAUCAACAGGUGCAGACUGAUUGACCUGGGAUCAGAGGGACCCAAAUACACCUGGAAAGGCCCCAUGGUACAGUAUGCAUCAAGAUUGUAUAAAAGGCUUGACAGGGCUCUUUGUAAUGUGGAGUGGAGACACUUGUUUGGAGAAACUGUAGUUAAGGUGGGACCUUGUGUAAACUCUAAUCACCACCCACUCCUAAUUACAUUGUACGAAGAAUAUAACUAG